UGAUGUGUGAUGUGUUCAGGCUCUAGCUGUAUGAAGUGUGAUGUGUUCAGGCUCUAGCUGUAUGAAGUGUGAUGUGUUCAGGCUCUAGCUGUAUGAAGUGUGAUGUGUUCAGGAUCCAGCUGUAUGAUGUGUGAUGUGUUCAGGCUCCAGCUGUAUGAUGUAUGAUGUGUUCAGGCUCUAGCUGUAUGAUGUGUGAUGUGUUCAGGCUCCAGGGAGCAGGAGCCCAGCUGUGGGCGGCCCCUGGGGAUCCGGGCGGGUCCAAACGGGACGCUGUUCGUCGCCGACGCCUACCUGGGGGUGUUCGAGGUCAACCCCUCCACAGGAGAGUCCACUCGCCUGGUGUCGGGCGGUCAGCUGGUGGCCGGCAGGAAGCUGUCCUUCAUUAAUGACAUCACAGUGACGCGAGACGGCAGGAAGCUGUUCUUCACCGACUCGAGCAGCAGGUGGCAGCGCAGAGACUACCUGCAGCUGCUGAUGGAGGCCACGGCCGACGGGAGGGUUCUGGAGCUGGACCUGGAGACCCGGGAGCUGACGGUGGUGAUGGAGAACCUCCGGUUCCCCAACGGGAUCCAGCUGCUCCCUGACGAGGAGUCAGUGCUGGUGGCGGAGACCACCAUGGCCCGGAUCCGCAGAGUGCACGUGGCGGGUCUGAACAAAGGGGGGAUGGACACGUUUGUGGAGAACCUCCCUGGGUUCCCUGAUAACAUCCGGCCCAGCUCCGGGGGGGGGUACUGGGUGGCCAUGUCAUCGGUGCGGCCGAACCCCGGGUUCUCCGUCAUGGACUUCCUGUCCCAGAGGCCCUGGAUCAAGAAGUUCAUCUUCAAGCUCUUCAGCCCUGAGGUCCUGAUGAAGUUCUCCCCCCCCUACAGCCUGGUGGCAGAGCUCCAUGAUGGAGGUGUGUGUUCUCGCAGCUUCCACGACCCUGGAGGCCUGGUGGCGGGAUACAUCAGUGAGGUGCACGAGCACCAGGGCUCUCUGUACCUCGGAUCCUUCCGCUCAAACUACAUCGCCAAGCUGGACCUCAGCAAGGUCUAGAGAGAGGAGCGUCCAGAGGGUCCUGGACGCGGGAGGCUCGAUUCCCAUUUCAGUUUGAGUGGCCGAGCGACCCGUUUCCAGUGAGAAGUCCAUCCUGAAGCUCCAAAGGUUGAAGAUAUUUAAUAAACAAAAUCAAACACAAUAACUUAGAACCAAAA